UAUUUGAGGAUUUUGUAUACCGAUAACGUAAUCAUUUAAUAGCGCAGUCGCAUAGAAUCUAAAUCGCCGCCGCUUUGUCGUUGAAUAAUGAUAAUCACACGAGCUUGAACUUAGAAUUGAAUCAAUACUGUUUGAAUUAGAUUAGACAAGAACAGUACACCUUCCAAUUUACAUACAUGGAAGAACAAUUGGAAUCGCUUUUUGAAUUUUUGCAUGAUAAUAAUUCAGAUGUUCGUCAAAUUGCACUUAAAAAUUUAUUGGAAUAUACAAUUAGCACUUCUCAAUAUCAAUCAUUAUUUAAGCGUAAUAACAUGAGACCAAUAAUUGACUUGAAGAAUCUUUGUAAGGAUAAUACAGUUACCGCGCACAAUGCUUAUAAAGCUCUUGUUAAUCUAACAAGUGAUGAUGAAAUUCGCAAAGAAAUGAAUGAUGAAAAUUUUUUAAAAUAUUUGAUGACAACGAUAACGAAUCGGGAAGCAAUUCUUGCUGAUAUAGCAUGUAUGCUUUUAUCAAAUAUUACAAAAAAUGAACUAAUUUGUGUAAAAAUUUUGUCUUUAAAUGUUCAACCAAUACAAUAUUUAUCUAACUCAACGCGAGCGAUGGAUCAACUGGUUGAUGUUUUUGUUAAAGGUUUAAAUAGAAAAUAUAACAAGGAGGCAGAAUUUCAUUUUUUAGCUAGCGUAUUUGCAAAUGUAUCGAUGAUACCUCAAGGACGUCGUGAUUUUUUUCUUUCAAGUGCAUCAUAUGAUAAUGUAGCACCAAUAUCAAAGCUGAUCAUUUUUACCGAACAUUCAAACAUAAUUCGAAGGGGCGGUGUUAUAUCUUGCAUCAAAAAUUGUUGCUUUGAAAUGGAUCAUCAUCUUGAUAUGUUAUCGGAGGAAAAAAUAAACAUACUUCCAUACAUUCUUUUGCCUUUAUGUGGACCGGAAGAAUUCGAUACAGAUGAUAUGGAAGGAAUGCCUGAUGAUAUUCAACUUUUGCCUCCCGAGAAGAAACGUGAACCUGAUUCACAUCUUAGAAUAACUCUAUUAGAAUCACUUGUUCUCUUAACAACAACUAAACAAGGGCGUGAUAUACUUCGACAGAAAAAAGUUUAUCCGGUAAUUCGACAAAUGCAUCUUGUGGAAAAAGAUGAAAAUGUUGGAGAAAUUAUAGAAAAACUCGUUAACUUGUUAAUGAGAGAUGAUGAACAGAGCCGCGAUAAAAUUAAUGAAUCUCAACUUGAUGAUUAUGAUGAUAAAAUAGAGGAAAUUUAACCAUCGUUCCACGAAUAAUGAUUUUUAUAACGAUGAUUUGUAAUGAGAGUGUAUCUUAAAUAAAAUAAUUUAAGCUAAAAUUCUUUAACGAUUUAAAUAUCUGGGGUUGGCGUUAUUUUAUGAUUUAGAUAAAGUAUUUAAUUCAUAUUAUAUAGUGAACGGGUACUAGUAUAGUGUGCCGAGGGACAUGUUAUAUCUCGAUCAGUUUAUGUUUUACCAAUGAGUUGUAGUUUAAUGAAUUCG